UCGUUUUUCCCCGACGCUGCCAGCAUGCCGCCGCUCCUCGUCCGACACUCGGUACUUAUCUUCAUUAUCCCCGCCAUGCUCCUCACCCUCCUCGGGCUCCCACCAACUGCUACGCUCGCCACCAGGUUCUACUCGUUCGACCUGAUGCGCGAGUACCCUCACGAUCCGGAGGCCUUCACAGAGGGCCUCUUGUAUGGAGGAAAUGACACUCUUUUCGAGUCCACUGGCCUUUUUGGCAGGUCAUCCGUGCGAAAGGUUGAUCUUCAAACAGGAAAGGUUUUAGUUCUGCACCAAAUGGACGAGAAAAUGUUUGGAGAAGGUCUAACACUUCUCGGCGAUAGAUUGUUUCAACUUACUUGGUUGACGAAUGUUGGAUUUACGUACGAUCGACACAACUUUAGUAAAUGUGGUAGUUUUUCCCACAAAAUGCGUGACGGGUGGGGGCUAGCUACAGAUGGGAGGGUUGUUUUCGGCAGUGAUGGUACCUCAACUUUGUACCAGAUAGAUCCAGAAUCUCAUCAGGUCAUGAGGAUGGUGCCUGUGAAAUAUCAAGAUAAUGACGUUAGGUAUCUUAAUGAACUUGAAUACAUAAACGGUGAAGUAUGGGCAAAUGCCUUCAAGACAGAUUGCAUCGCUAUAAUUUCCCCUGAUAGUGGCAUAGUGGUGGGUUGGGUUUUUCUUCAUGAGCUGAGGCAUCACUCACCGAAUUCAGGUAAUAUGGCUCAUGACGUUCUAAAUGGUAUAGCUUGGGAUGAAGACAACCACAGAUUGUUCGUGACCGGAAAAUUAUGGCCAACGCUAUAUGAGAUUAAGCUACGUCACAUUGAGGGGCCACCAGAUGGGUCUAUAGAGCAGCUAUGUCCAAGGAUCAUAAUUCCGGGUUCCGGGAAUUUUCCCUUGUUAUGAUUAUGCAACUUGUAUUACUAGGAGGCCAAAGCCAUCAUAUAUAUGUACAAGAGGAUGCCAAAAGGC